CGAUCGAGCUGUGAAGGGAUCGAAAUGUCAGAGUUACGACGUCGGUUUUCGAGUUUGUGUAAUGUCGGUCAUAAGUGACGUCUUUGCGCUUCUCGCGGCGCAUUCUUCACGCGGAACGAUGCCAAGGGGAUAAAUUAUGCCUCGAAAAGAGAACACCAAAGCGAAAACAUGGGAGCGAGACAGAAGAAAACGUAUGAACGCUUACUUCAAAACCCUGGCAGACCUUUUGCCGCCGUAUCAGGAGGGUCGCAAACGCAACAAGGUCGACAUCCUGAUCCACGCAUCGAAGUAUAUCAAAGACCUCCAUAGUCGUAGCGACGAGUUGUUUUCCGCUCAUGCUUCUGAAGCACACAAGGAAGAAUUGGCUCGUCUCAAAAAACUUGUAACUCAGCUCUUCUCUCGUACACAGUUGUUAUCAACACUGUUACGAGAGGCUGGAAUCUCUGUGCCUGCAGAACCAGCUCUUGAAAAGAUAUCUCCAUUAAAAUGGUCAAAUAAAAUUAACCUAGAGGAUGCAGAGAAGUACUUCGACAAGAUAGAAGAAAUAAAAAGUUCUGAGAACAGACGGGAAAAAUCUACAGAACUUAAAGUGCCUUCUAAGAGAAAAUGUGUGAAUUCUUCUCAGUCAUCUACUAAAAAAUUGGUGGAAAAUAAUGAUAUUUCUAAAGAUGCAAAUAGUUUGAUUGAGAAUCAGGAGAAUCAAGUAAAUUGUGCAAACAGUAAGGAUGACAUUUCAAAUGCCACAGGAAAUAUCUCAGAAGCUGGAUCAAAAGAAUCUGAAUGUUGUCAAACAAAUACAAGUUCUGAGGUACCAGAGAAUGGUCCGUUAAAUGGUAAAACAAAUAAUGGAUUGCAGAAAGUUGAAUCCCAAAAAAAAGUGAAAAGAAAAGUAAAGAAAAAGGAUGGGAAAAAACCUGUAACACCGUGCAUAAAUAAUUCUGUAACUAAUCUCACUCCAAACACUCUCAUCUUGUCUGGGGGCAAAUUAAUGCCUUUGGUAACUCCUGUGGCAUCAAAUAUCAUUGUAAAUGCUCAACAGCAGCCAGCAAAUCCCAUAAUCCUUAGCAACACGCAACAAAAUCAGAUGUUCGUUAUGCAGCCUCUGACCAAUCGCGUACAGAACUCCGUUGUCUCUAUCUGCAAUCAGGCUUUAAUUAACACAGUACAGAAGGUGACCUUGAAUACAGUUCCCAGCAUCCGCACGAACGUGGUGGUAGACUCGCAGAAUUGGGCAUCGAACGUGAAGAAUAUUAUCAAUGCGACAAAAAUCGGCGGUCACAAAGGCAUCCUGCCCAAAGGUAAAGAAGUGACGAAAACAACAAUGACGUACAAAGUUCCUAUUCCAGCCGUUCACAAAGAGAAAGCUGAAAAAUUAAAGGAAAACAAAAAAGAGGAAGUUAAAUCGAAAAUAAAUAAAAAUCACGUAAAAAAUGCAAAAAAUCAGCAGUCGUUAGAAAUAGUGGAGGAGAAGAUGGAAAGCGAGAAGAGCGGGAAAACUACAGAAGAUUCCAAUUCACCUCAGAAAGGAUCCCUCAAGCGACCAAGUACGGAAGUUGGAUUGAUCGAUGAACCAGCUGACAAAAAACAAAAGACAAAUGAAACUACUGAAAAUAUUGCUAUGGUGCAGUCCGUGCCUGUGACAAAAGCAGAUUUUGCUGUGACUUGUAAAUCUAUCGAAAGUCUGAGGCAUGUGAUAGAGAAGAUAGGUGAAGACACGAAUGAAGGUCAAGAUAAGAGUCAUGUUCCGCCUCAAUCAAAUGACAAAGAAUCCUCCACUGAGACCAACGUGGAUUGCCCGAUUUCAGUGUACACACCUAAUAAAGACAACUCUGACUCUUCGAAGUCAAUUGACAGUGUACAGUGUGAAACCAAAAAACUGCAAGAUUCAUCAGUAUCAGGCACAGUAUCGCCGGUUGCUUUUGCAGAGGAGCAUCUGAAAUCUGGUAAUGAAGUUGCUUCAGCUUCUCCGCAUGCUGAAUUCAAUAUUCCAGUGGACAAUGCAUUAGAGAAAUCAGAAAACAGUGUGGAUAGCUCCAACUCCAAGUCGCCUCUGACGGAAGUCGAAGAGGCCGUUCAAGAAUCUGUAAACUCUAAAAAGGUGAAAGAAAUGUGCAACCUGGGUACAGAGUUCGACAAUCUUUUACAGGUGACACGUAAAGAUUCAGACACCAUCGAGGGAACAACGAACCUGGAGAGUAAUAAUAAGAUUAUUCUAAAUCUCGAUACGAACACCACGACAACGUUGAAAUCAGAAACAAAUGCAACAGUACAGACACCAGAUGCAGCAACAGAAUCAUCGUCAUUGCUUCCAGUUGACGUAGUCGAGGAUGAGUCCAAAUUAUCAAAGGCAUCCAAGGAUGAAGCGCCAAAAGCGUCACUCUCCUACAACACCGAAAAUUCUUUUGUGCCCAUUGCUAACAGAGCUGACGGCCUUCACUCUGACCUGUCCAAUGACAUAUUCGCUUCCCUUCAAGUUCCUUCCAGCUCGCACAAUUCCGAAUCCAUAUCGCCUACAGCAGCAUUUCUAAUGGCUUUCCCAUUGGUAUCCUCUUUGAAUGGUAAAACUGAAGUUCUCGAAGAGGAGAUGAAAGAGGAUUUUAAGUAUCAUAGUCAAACUCCACCCAUGUUGCUGCAAAUUGGAACCAUGGAGCCAAAUAGUUUCAAGAUAAAGACGUCAUCGCCAUCCCAUUCAGUUGCAGAAAAACGUUUAAAGGUGAGUUGCGAGGAGAAGAAGAAUAUAAGUCCGCCUGCAAGCGAGACUGUAGCUGCAGAGAUGAUUACUUCUGUGGAGUGCAAUACCACCACAAAAGCCUUGCCUAAGGUUGUGAACGAUGAACCUCUUAGGGAGCCCUACAAAAUCGUGCAAAGUGUGUUACCCUCCUUGGAAAAGUCUGCCCCCUCUAACUCAUUCACUCACACAACAUUGUAUACUAUUGCAAGCGUGUCGACUAACGAGACAAUCAGAACCAACACUGAAACGGGUGGAAAUUGUCAAAAUCAAUUGGCAAGGAGCCUGCAGAACACUAUUACCUCCAGUGAAAAUACUGUUGCUUCCCAAAUCGGUGCUGUAUCCACCUCGAAUAAAACCGACCAGGCUAACUGUCCGGUUCAGGCUUCGACCUGUGACACCAACGUUCGUUAUUCGACCUCCCAAGACUUUCUGUCAAGUUAUUCAACUGUCGUUGAUAACGGUCUCACUAGUCUGCAACAGGGUGGUUCAGCUGUUUGCAGCAACGGGACCAUUUCAGAAGUGAAUCCGGUUGGACUUGAACAAAGCGUAGUGUCUGAUGUCUCUCAGGCAUCCUUGGUUUCCCAGUUGGUAAACACGACAACAACUACAAAUACUCCGUCGUUACCUUUACAGACCGUGCAGAUCGAUUAUACAUCCCAAUUAAAGGACAAGGAUUCUCAUAAUUCCCGUGGCACUUACGGAGUUCAUAGAAAGGACACUUUGGUGGACUCGAGCAUUGUUCCGAACACAAGGCUCAGCUACACCAGUCAUGUUGACAGAGUUCUUCCUACAUCGUCGCAGAAUAUGCAACAAGAUUAUUCUAUACAAUCCAAAGACGCAUCUCUUCCAAUUCUUACUUCCCAGGGUAUGCAAACGGUUUACGCAUCGCAACCUAAAGAUACUCACGUUCUAACCGCACCGCAGAGUACCCAUAACGAGUACUCUGUCGAUCAGAAUAAGAAUCUAUCACGAAAAGAUCCCAUUACUUACUCGACAGGAACUAGCAACGCUUCUGGUAGACAUCAAAGCUAUUCGUCUAAGGACACCAUGGCCAGUUCGUCCGAGAAUCAUUUCCAACAAAAUUAUCCAAAGAUGAAGGACACGGACGCGACGGUAAAUAAUAUUGUAGAUCAGGACGCAAAGUUGAAUGAUAUUCUCAGGUCGAAGCCGCAAGAGGUUCAGGAUCAUAGGCGUGAAACGAAUUACACCACCUCGAAGAAGAUCGACGUUGAUCCGUUCGCUCAAACGUUUUCGUACGGGGUCAAGGAAUCACUGAAUGCGCAGUCCGAGCAGAGCGUUUUGAAUCAGAGCACCGAGAACAUGUUUCAAGGAAAGCGCGAGGACACACAGAAUUACAGUUCAUUCUCUACCAAGGAUAUGAAGAAGAUCAGCACCAGUUCCUCGAAUAGUAUGAGCAGCAAACCGCUGAUUCAAAACACCCCUGUUUCACGUUACUCACAGCAGCCGACGUCGUUCGUUGCCACCUCGAACUACGAGCAAAGUACCGUCACCGACAAUCAUACAAAAUCAACGACCACCGUCGCUCAUAAUACUUCGAACUUCAGUAUUUUAUCGUGGACCACAUUAUCGCCUGUCGGCGGUGGCGGUAGCAACAAUCUGGUGCAGUUCGAACAAGGACAAAAUCAGACCGACAAUACAGAGGUGAAAACCAUUUGCGAGAAUUACAACUACGUUCCCCUGCACAAGGAGAAUUCGAGCUUCUCCAAUGUAUUAACCAACGAUGUUUAUUCGGGCAAUUCAACAGUAGCCGGUAAUAUUGAAAAGUCGCGAAUGAAAUCCGGAAUGGACGCGCAGAAACAGGGGUCCUUCGUUGACCCGUCCAAAACGAGAAAUAUCCAGUCGAGUGUUCCACAGUCUACGGGUAAGCAGAGUCGUAUGCAAAGCCAAACAACCUCGUCCGGUGCUAACGAUUACAACAAGUUCAACAACGCUGAGAAUAAAAACAAAUCCAAGUACGGAAUCGAGUCCGAGUACAUUCAGAAUGAGUAUACCGGGCUGGAGCAGCAGUCGCAACAGCAACAACACGGGCCGAAGAAUCAUCAGUCUAUAAACCAGAAACAGGAAAAAGCUGUAUAUCCGAUGUCCACUUACGAUUCUCAGGUGAGCUUCGAAUUGCCUGAAGUUACCACGCAGAUGAAAUACACCGUCGAUUAUACUGGUGCGAAUUUCAAAUAUCCGGACAAGUCGCAGCAACAGAAUCAGAAUAAGUAUCAGCCGUUGAUCCAGGGACAAGUCGCUUCUCUUCAGCACGACAGCGUUUCGUAUAGCAACAACAACGGAAAGCACGGGCAACAACAGCCGAACACGACGAAGUCAAAGACGAACCAGCAACAGCAGGCGAUCAGAGCGCCUGUGAACUGGAUGAUGACACCGGAGAUCAAGCAUAACGCGAACAUCGCCGACAUCAUACUUCCGCCUAUCGGAAAGGAGCUUGAUUUCUGUCAGAACAAUCUGUUCGCUCAAACCCCGUCGUACAAUCAGGGAACGACCAAUCAAUUUUAUAAUAAUUACGACGUGGCUGCUCACAGUUUCCCGAAUUUACCGGUCCUGCAAACCGAACCAAAGAGAACCACAGACGUGUUUUAUUCCGAGGAGCAACCGUUCCCGUGGUCCCCCACGAAGACCAGUGUUGUUCACGCUGAGCAAACACAAUCGGUAAAGGGGAUCGAUCAACACAUUGUCUCCUCCAGUCUUCCAACGCUGGUCGGUGAUCUGGACCUGGGCACGAAUCUACCGGAGAAACAGAAUUUCUUGUUCGGUCAGGUAUCAUCCAGGGUGGUUCCGUCCGACCAAAACAAAGACCUCGCCAAAGAUAAAGAAGGUAAUGUUACCGGACGUGAUUUCCAUUCUGUACUGAAUAGUCAGACUGUACAGCACUCGGGGGUCGGUCCGUCAUUUCUCUCUGUGAGCCAAUUGGUGGAACACGAGAAGGCAGAGAAAUCGCACCAGCAACAUCAUCAGCAACACCAGCAUCAUCAUCAUCACCAUCAUACUCAUCAACAACAACAGCAACAGCCACAGCACCACCACCACCACCACCAUCAACAACAACAACAGCAACAGCAACAACAGGCCAGAAAAAAUCAAAGGAAAAACAACACUAGUCCCAGAGGAAACAGUAAGCGGCAAAUGGAUAUUCGGAAACAAACGUCGUCCAAUGAGCAGUUGCAUCCGAGGCACGAUGAACAGAAACCAGCUGGCCACAGCUUCACAGAACAGGGGUACCAACAACAUCAACAACAGCAACAACAGAAAUAUCAACAGAAUAAUGUUCACUGGAGAAACAGAAACUGCAAGAGUAAUUACACGGCGGAGGCAUUAAUAGGAACUAACAAUAGUGUCCAUGACGCAACUCAGGACAAACAUGCCUCUAUAAAGUUCACCACUAAUUAUCCUCAGAACAAAUUCCAAACCAGUCUGCCGACGGCGGAUACAGUGAUGCCCAUCAAUUAUUUCUCGAACACCGACGAUGGAAGUGGGUACGGUCAAAUGGUCAAUCAGAACUUUAACUCGUACACAUACUCUUCGAAUACAAACAUCUAUCCAACUUCGAACUUCAUAACCAGCAUAUCGAACACACCUACCAGCUACAUGAUGCCAUUACACGAUAAUGCUGAUUAUAUGGAAGCAAACGCUUUUCUUCUAUCGAAUGUCGCGACUUCCUCGACGGCCACUUCGUCGUCCACGUCUACAGUAACGACCUCAACUUCCAAUGUAAAUACUAACACGAAGAAUCACCAGCACUAUGCAAAGCAUCAGAACUGCGACAAAAGGACCUACUCUACGAACGCAACGAAGAAAGCGAAGAGAAAAGGUCCGGACGGUGGGACAAUGCAGAACUUGGAGUUUCCACUUUCUGGCAUUAAUUCACCCCUGGAAGAUUAUCAUCACUCUGCCACUUUCUUGCCACCGCCACCACCACCACACGCUAGCCCCCUUUACCAGAAUCAUCCACAAGCAAACGUUUACACAAAAGCUGUUAAUAGUUUACCACCACCACCACCACCACCAUCGGUAGCUGGUUCGCAAGGUGUACCGACCGUGGCAACAGCUGGGUUUUCGAUGAAUCCAAAUAUGCCAAGGGGAGGAAUUGUGUCCAGUAAUCCAAUGGCCAUGAGUCAUCAUCCCUCGGGCACCAGUCUCACCAAUUUCAACUUGAGUACUAUAUUUCCUGAGAUGAAUGACAAAAUCACAGGAUACAAACCAUCAAACGGUAUACCUACUGGUCUUACACAACCGCCGAAUCAGACCACAGCUUACGCACAAAGAACCAAUUAUUCAACGAACCCUCUCUGCCAUUUACCACAGGUGUCGGAAGGAAGCCAAUUUGGCAAUGGCGUUCCUCCACCGCCACCUCCACCUCCUCCUGGAGUAAUACAUUACAAGAAUGUAUGAUAAAGUAAGUACGAAUGAGGAGUGAGUUAUUGACAAUUGUACAUAUGUAAAUA